AAUACACGGAAGCCUCGACUUACUGCACGCACCUUGCUGCCCCCUGGAAUACACGCCUCCGAUCAUACCCAUCCUCCUGACUGACCAUGGCAAGCAACUUUGGCGACAACACCACUAUCGUCGAGGACGACCGCGACACCUCCUACAACCCGAGCAAGGACCGUCUCUCGAACGGCAACGGCAAAUCAACUCGCAAUGCAGAUUACAAGCGUAGGCCUGCGGUGCCGGGUUCAUUGGCCGCGACGGCAGUGGACUACCUCCAGGAGGAGCGUCCGUUCUUCGUCAUGAUUGGGAAGGAUGGACCAGCAGGAGCUAUUGAGAAGCUGGAUCAGCAGCUCAGAGCGUCCGGCAGGCCACAUAUCCUUUCCAAGAAGAAACCCACGGACUGGAUUGGGAAGGAGAUUACGCCUGGACGUCUUGGCCUCAUUAACCAUGGUGGCCUUCCCAGUCUUUUGGUGAAGCCGGGGCGUUACCCCGGUUUCCCGCUGCGCAAUUGGUGGGCGAGGGAUUUCAAGGGAACACAGGGCCUUUCGGAUACGGUCAUCGAGUUUCAAGGGUUGACGGUUGUUCAAGUUUCACAGAAUCAAGCUGCUGUCGUUUCGGACCCAAGGAAUCAAAUAUUCGUGAUCAAGAAUACUGGUUUCGUGGCCUACGGCAUCGAGGGAACCUACAACGUUCUCGCCGUCGUCGAUCAGACACAUUUACCGGUCAAGCCGGUCGUCGACCCCCUCACGAACGUCGUCCUCGGCUCAGUAUAUGAGGUAAAGAUGGCCGGCCAAACCGGUCACAAGGACGGGAAGACACAAGAAUACGUUGUAGCUAUGUUUUUGAACAUCCCUGCAAACAACUGUGCCAUCCUUCAGAAGAACGAUGAUUUGGAGCUUCUCCCUGCUGGUCAGCAUUACAUCACGAACCCAAAUGUUACGGUCCGCGGCCUGUAUACUCUGGGCGAGAACCAGCUAGAGCUACCUACGAAAGACAUUUUCACUCGGGACCAAGUGCCAGUGAGCUUGAAGCUCUACCUCAAGUGGCAGCUCAACGAGCCGUUGAAGCUCGCCCAACAUGGCUACCAUACACCAUUUGACGCGCUCCGGGAUAAGACUCAGUCCAUCUUGACUCAGAUUGUCGCCCAUCUCGACUAUAGUUCGAUGGUAAAGCAGCGGUCUCUCGGGGGCGAUCAUCUCGACGAUGGCACGGAUCCUUCUUCGGCUUUCCUUGAUGCCCUCAGGACGCGCGCUAUGGAUGAUCUUCACGAGGCUGCCUUGGAGUACGGUAUUGUCCUGAAGGAUCUGGCUGUCAUUGACCGUCAAUUUAAAGGUGACAUCGCCGCUACUAUGGACAAGUUGACGACCCGUGCUUUGCAGGCACAAGUCGAGGCUGCUAACGUUGACAGGGAGAAUAGCAACAAGGUUAAGCAGGAAGAAGGCGCUCUGUCGGUAGCCCGCAUCAAGGCUCAAGCCCGCAACACCAACGCAGACUCCGAAGCCUACUCCGUCGUCGCAGCCGCCAAAGCAGAAGCGGAACGCAUGCGUAUCGACGCCGAAGCUAGAGCUGGUGCCACUCGCCUCGCAGCAGAAGCAGAAGCCGAGGCCACCCGGACCAAAGCCAGAGCAGAUACCGAGGUCACAGACAUCUUCGCUCGUGAGAUGGAGAUGCGUAGGAUGGAGGUGGCGAGGGUGAAGGCGUUUGGGAAUAAGGCUAUCUUCGUUCCCACCGAUGCUUCUGGGAUGACUGGACCCAUGGUCGCGGGUAUGGCGGCUGGGAUUGGUGCAGAUGUGCGCAAGUGAUGAAACUUGCACACUCUCAUAUCUAGGGUGGCGUACGACGUGAGUUUGGGAGCGGUGGCGGAAGGAAGGGGACGCACGGCCUAAGUGAGAUGGUUGUGAAGUUUAACGGACAGGUGUUCGGUAUCAUGAUACCUGCGGUCGUUCAUUUCGAAGUUGAUUUCCUUGGAUCUCGUUCGAUUACAUUCAUUCCAGAUUAUACUGUUGCCCUUUUACUGUAGCAAGUUCUAUACCAUAAUGUCGCAUCUUCUUGAUCGUCAAC